UUAUUUGAAUACGCCCAUUUCUAUCUAUAUUCGCAUGUUUCAUGUUUAGUAGUCCAUUCAGUUGAUGCGAAUUAAACUUGUCCUGACAUGGUAGAAGAUUGAGAAUAUGGGUUAUUAAAUUAGCAAUGCUGUAGUAGUGUUGCCUGGAUAAUAACUAUGUGAAUGCCUGCUGCAAUCAGCAAAUAUUAAAUAAAGAUAACAAGUCGCUUACUUCUUUUAUUUUCUUGAUAUAUAUAUAAAUUUUCCCACAUGUAAAUAUAAAAAUAAUCCUUCAAUUCUCUCUUUUUUACAUAUAAAGUAUUUUUAUGGGGCACCUUAAUAUAAGCAGUUAAUAAUUUUUAAUAAAAAUUUUCGAAUGGAUACGUACAUGGAUGGAUAACAUAUCAUUGAUCACAGAUUUUAUCAUCUUCAUCUUUGCCAUUCUCGUCAGCUCUUUUCCAAUUGUAGCUUCUAAACCAAAUGAGGUUAGAGAUUAUUGCCAGGGCGAAGUUUUCAGAACCAACUGCUCGAGCGAUGAGGUGGUCAUAAUGAGAAGCGCCGUGUACGGCAGAAUGAGGAAAGCCAGAUGUGUGAACAUCAACAUGGGCUACAUGGGCUGCCAGGCUGAUGUCAUCGAUCUUGCUGACGUCAAAUGUUCUGGGCGGAGGAGCUGCGAGAUUACAGUGCCUGAUGUGGCCUUCGAAUCAAAGGAGCCCUGUCUCGAUCUCAAGUCCUAUCUCGAGGCUUCGUACGAGUGCAAAAAGGUGAUUGCCGUCAACAACAACGACUGCAUGAACAAUCGACCCUUGGAGACAACGACGACCACAGGAAGCAUCGCCAGUGUCACAGCUGCAGAAAUCGCGACGAGAUAUCUAGAUGUCAACUGCCAGAAAUAUGCAACCAUCGAGGAGAAAGGUAACGGCGUAUUUCAAGAUAGGGUUGUUCCUGUGUGCGGUCACAAGUUGCGCUAUCAAGAACUCUACACCUCCCGGGGGCACGUUGUCCAACUGAGCCUUGAGGCCCGGCGGGUCAACCCGGAUCAUUUCCUCAUCAAUUAUGAGAUAUUCGGCUGCGCCGAUCCGACGCUUUCGGUUCAUUCCUGGUUCAAGAAGGAGUCUCCGAACAAAGCCACCAUCAGGUGCAAACCGACCGACGAAAAGUGGGAGGUCACGUGCCAGGGUGGAGUUUGGGUGGGGGCGUAUUCUAAUUGUUCUGAUGUCAUGAUCGGUGAGAACAUGGGAAGAGCUUCAAUGGAAGAUCCAACAUCGCAGCAAUACGAAAAGAGUCGUCGAUCGGAGUCGCCGUGCUCGCGCGGUGGCUACAGCGAUUACAGUGCAGCGAACUACGAGAAGAUGGAUGACGACCUGGAGGAUCAAUUUGAUCACAUCUACGGGAGAAAAGGUCACCCACAUCUGGGAGAUGCCACUGCCUGUGCCUGGGAAAUAGAUGUAGUUUGGUUUGAUAUAGUGCAGAGUUGGGAGCAUGGACUGUUAACGUUAGGAUUAGGAUCACAAUUUUUACAUCUCUAG